CCGACACCUGAAUUCGAGCGCAUGUAGUGUACUUAAAAUCCUCCCCAGUAAAUAACGCCAUCCUCCCACCUCUUUCGCUCUCUCUCCUCUUUCUCUCUCCACUCGAAUUCCGUGUUAAGAAAUCAGCACAUGUAGCGACGAUAAAAUCGCCUUUUGCUUGAGAUGUGCCCCACUCUCUCUCUCUAGCAAGUAGUACUAGAGUAGUAGUAGCAAGAAGAGUGACUCAGUCUGACGAGAAGCCAGAGCUCACUCGCUGGUACACCCCAAUUCAAUUCUGUUGCAGUAAAUCAAGGGAAUUUCAAAGAUCUUCAAAAUUUUCAAAUCCAUCGACUCGACGAUCUCAAUCCCAAUCCACUCCGGAAAUGAAGGCCAAAGCCGCAACGUUGAACCAUCCUCUCAUCGGUUUCGAACACAAGAGGGAUGCAUAUGGGUUUACUGUGAGACCUCAACACUUGCAAAGAUACCGCGAAUAUGCUAAUAUAUACAAGGAAGAAGAGGAAGAAAGAUCGGAUAGGUGGAAUAACUUCCUGCAACAGCAAGCAGACUCUGCUCAAUUGCCAGUAAAUGGGUUGUCUAUUGAGGAAGAUAACCAAUCAUUGCAUGUUGAAGCUACUGAACAAGAAGUAGAUGAUGAUUUGGAUAGUGGUAUUAAUGGAGACGAUAUGAGUGACAAGAAGCCUGGUUCUGAUUGUUUGACGGAAAAUGUUACAGAAAAUGACGAGGAACCAGCAACAAUGGCGACAAAAACUCACAAAAUCCGGAUAUGGACUGAGAUUAGACCGUCCCUCAAAGCUGUCGAGGAUAUGAUGAGUAUUCGUGUAAAGAAGAGGAGCAAUUUAGCAAAAACUGAGCAAGACACUGGAACGGGAAAGCGUCUUCCUCCUAUUGAAGAUAUUAGAUCCCCGAAAGUAACUUCUGAAGAGGAUUCUGAAGAGGAGUUUUACGAUGUCGAGAGAUCAGAUCAAGAUGCCCCUUCGAGUGACAGUGUGAGUGCCCCUGUGACAGAUGCUGCUGAUGAUACAGUACCUCCUGAAUCUUUAUUUCCUUGGAAAGAAGAGUUAGAGUGUCUUGUUCGUGGGGGAGUGCCCAUGGCUCUCAGGGGAGAGCUUUGGCAAGCCUUUGUGGGGGUGAGGGCACGACGGGUGGAAAAAUAUUAUGAAGAUUUGCUAGCUCUUGAAACUAAAUCUGGUGAUAAUGUGGAACACAAAAGCCUGCAAUUGGAGAACAGUAAGGAAUCAACUACAGACUCCAUGUGCAUACCUGAGAAAUGGAAAGGGCAGAUUGAGAAGGAUCUGCCUAGAACUUUCCCAGGUCAUCCUGCUCUGGAUGAGGAUGGUAGAAAUGCUUUGAGGCGUUUACUUACAGCAUAUGCUCGACAUAACCCCUCUGUUGGGUACUGUCAGGCUAUGAACUUCUUUGCGGGGUUAUUACUGCUUUUGAUGCCCGAGGAAAAUGCCUUUUGGGCUUUAAUGGGCAUUAUUGAUGACUAUUUUGAUGGCUAUUAUUCAGAGGAAAUGACAGAGUCUCAGGUUGACCAACUUGUUUUUGAGGAGUUGGUGCGCGAAAGAUUUCCUAAAUUGGUUAAUCAUCUGGAUUACCUGGGAGUGCAGGUUGCAUGGGUUACGGGACCGUGGUUCCUUUCAAUAUUUAUGAAUAUGCUUCCAUGGGAAAGUGUUCUUAGAAUCUGGGAUGUGCUUCUUUUUGAAGGAAAUCGCGUCAUGCUAUUUAGAACAGCACUUGCUUUAAUGGAGUUAUAUGGACCUGCAUUGGUUACAACCAAGGAUGCUGGUGAUGCAGUUACUUUGCUGCAGUCACUGGCUGGUUCAACAUUUGAUAGCAGUCAACUUGUCUUGACAGCUUGCAUGGGUUACCAAAAUGUGAAUGAAGCUAGAUUGCAAGAUUUGAGAAAUAAACAUCGACCAGCUGUAAGAGCUGCAGUUGAGGAAAGAUCAAAGGGAUUUAGAGUUUGGAGGGAUUCCCAGGGUCUGGCAUCUAAGCUCUAUGGUUUCAAGCAUGAUCCUGGAUCAUUAACAUUAGAAAAAACAGAUCAAUCGGUUGAUACACAAACCAAUGGAGACAUACCUCACAGGGAGUCUGGGUCUGCUAAUGUGGAUGGAUUCCUUGUGAGCUUGAAUGGGGAUGUGGAGAUAAAUUCUGUUCCAGAUCUUCAAGAACAGGUGGUCUGGCUGAAGGUUGAAUUGUGCAAGUUGCUGGAGGAAAAGCGAUCUUCUGUACUCAGAGCUGAGGAGUUGGAAACAGCUUUGAUGGAGAUGGUCAAGCAGGAUAACAGGAGGCAAUUGAGUGCAAAGGUUGAGCAAUUGGAGCGUGAGGUUGCUGAACUUCGGCAGUCCCUUGCUGAUAAUCAAGAACAAGAAAAUGCCAUGCUUAAGGUUCUGAUGAGGGUAGAGCAAGAACAGAAGGUAACAGAAGAUGCUCGCAGAUUUGCUGAGCAAGAUGCAGCAGCCCAGAGAUAUGCUGCUCAAGUGCUUCAGGAAAAAUAUGAAGCGGUCACUGCUUCCCUUGCUGAAAUGGAGAAGAGGGUAGUUAUGGCAGAAUCAAUGUUAGAGGCUACCUUGCAGUAUCAGUCAGGCCAAAAUAAAGCGCAACCUUCUCCGCGAUCUGUACAGCAAGAUUCUUCACCAGUACAGAGCAAUCAAGAGCUCACACAAGACCUUCCCACAAGAAAGAUUAGUUUGCUAUCUAGACCUUUUGGACUUGGUUGGCGUGACAGGAACAAGGGGAAAAACUCUAACAUUGACGAGCCAAACGAUGGUAAGUCUACCAGUGAGAUAUCGAGUCCAUGCACCCCACAGAAAGACACCAAUGGCCAUCAAGUGCAGGUAGAACAGUGAAUAAGGAGCUAAAAAAUCGUGGUAAUUCUACAGAUUAUUAUCUCCUUUCACCGACCACCUAUAUUGAUGCCAGUUCAGGGAGCAGAGAGAUUUAUUUAUUUAAUUUUUUUGUCUGUAUCCAUUUCUUCUGUGAAAGAUUAUAAAUAUAAAAGCUCAUAUCAAUUAUAUUGUUUGUUUGUUUGUUCAUUAAGUAAUAAUAGCAGUGUAGGAGAGAAGACAGAUUUUAAGAAGAAACAUGGGAUCCAUUGUACACAACUGUAUAAACAUUGCUUCAAUUUUGUAUUGGUUGGUCUUCGUUGGAGAAAUUUAGUUUUUAUUGGGUAAUUAUUAGUUUAAACUUUGAUGGUA